AUGCUGUCAAUGCAAUGGACUUCGUUGCUAGUUUUGGCUUGCGUCGAUUUAGUAUUCUCCCAAUGGCCCAGGGUUCCUGAUCCUCUCCCAUUGAUCACACCUCCCGAUGUGGUUAAUAUACUUUUUCAAGAUUCAGACGCCGCUCCUGGAGAUCUAGUCGGCUCUGUGAUUGCUGCUGACUCGACGGCUGCAACAUUUCUCAUAAACUGUGCCACGAUAUCAUCUUGUGGUUAUGCUGCCUGGGACAAUCCGAUAAUCAUCACUCAAGGACUCAGCACCAUGCAUUGGUCAUACGCAGAUCCAGCAUCAGAAACCGAUGGACUUACAUUGUCUGAGAGAUGUACUUUCAAUGGUACUACAGCAAGUACAGCGAUCUGCACGAACUCGUUCAACAAUGAUUAUACAGAUGCAAUAACGACGCUUGGUUUGGAUCAAUAUGGAAGUUACAUCGACUACCAAGCUAGUUUGUUCGGUCCACCUCCUUUUAUACCUGUCAAGAUUACUGCUGGAUUGGCCUCAUUGAGCGUUUUCGAAGCAGCAGCAACAAACACUGGGGCGGUAUCGACGAAUGCGAGCGGGAGUUCGACCCAAGCAACUACGAGCCCGACGAUUACUUCGUUGGCGAAAUCGGAUAGCACGGCUGCGAGUAGCUCUGUCUCCUCAAUUGCUGGCCGCUGGGUAACACUACGACGAAGGGAAAUCCAGCAGGGAGUCUGA